GGUUUAAACCUACGUAGACCCACGUGUUUCAUACCUUAACCUAAAAGAAAUAUUGCGUAUGUUUUCUCUCACUCUUUAUUUAUUUAAAUCAAAAUGACGAAUAAUUAUGAUUUAAUAAAGACUAUCGAAGAUGAUCAAGAGGUAACGGAUUAUUCAGAAAAAUCGGACGAAGAAGACGAUUUUCAACCACGAAAGCAAAAGAAAAAAGAAAGUAAAGACUUUGACAGUGAUUUCCAAUUCAUAAAUAAUGUUACUGAAUAUAAUCACGAUACUUGGAAUGAUCUAAAAAAAUAUGUUAAACGGAAAGCAACAACGAAACUAGAUGAUAAAAUAAAGAAAAUCAGAAAACAAAACAGCAAUCAAGUUGAGACAGAAAAUAAUUUUAUUAAAGUUGAACUAGAUACAGAUCGAAAUGAUGAUUCUGUUUUGCUAUCUGAGGAGGAUCUUAAAAAAGGUAUUUUAUAUAUAUUUAUAUUUGAGACUUUGCUUAAAUAUAACAAAUUAGUUUAAAAAAUUUAUAGUUUUUAUAUGAGUGAUUCUUACUGGCAUGAGAGAGAUAAUAUAUNAUUAUGUAGUAUAAUAUAUACUGACUAUAUGAAUUUAAAUGUGCAGGCAAUAACAACAAUGAAAUUUUUGAAUCCAACUCCUAUACAAGCUGCUACCAUUCCAGUGGCUUUAAUGGGCCGCGAUAUAUGUGGUUGCGCAGCAACAGGAACUGGCAAGACUGCAGCUUAUAUGCUUCCAACUUUGGAGAGAUUAAUAUACAAGCCGCUGGAUGGGCCUGCCGUCACACGAGUUCUCGUACUCGUGCCUACCAGAGAGUUGGGAGUGCAAGUUUACCAAGUGACGAGACAGCUAUCUCAGUUUACCUCGGUAGAAGUUGGUUUAUCCGUCGGUGGGUUGGACGUGAAAGUACAAGAGAGCGUAUUAAGAAAAAAUCCAGAUAUUGUGAUAGCAACACCUGGAAGAUUGAUCGACCAUUUAAGAAAUACACCUACUUUCUCACUGGAUACUAUCGAAGUGCUAAUUUUGGAUGAAGCUGACAGGAUGUUAGAUGAGUACUUUGCUGAACAAAUGAAAUAUAUCGUGAACCAAUGCUCGAGAAGCAGGCAGACUAUGCUCUUCUCUGCUACUAUGACCGAGGAAGUCAAAGAUUUAGCCGCGGUGUCUCUCGACAAACCCAUUAAGAUAUUUGUAAACAGCAAUCAAGACGUAGCCUUCAACUUGCGUCAAGAAUUUAUUCGUGUACGCAAGGAGAGAGAAGGAGAUCGCGAGGCGAUAUUAGCAGCCUUGAUCUGCCGAACUUUCCACGAUCAUGUUAUGGUUUUUGUGCAAACGAAAAAACAAGCACACAGAUUGCACAUUUUGCUGGGAUUGCUAGGAAUAAAAAUCGGGGAACUGCAUGGAAAUCUCACGCAGCCACAACGAUUGGAGAAUCUGCAGAAGUUUAAGGACGAGCAGAUCGACAUUUUGAUAGCGACUGACGUUGCUGCGAGAGGGCUGGACAUAAGUGGCGUGAAAACUGUUAUUAACUUUGUGUUGCCCGCUACUCUUCAACAUUAUAUACACAGAGUUGGGAGAACUGCGAGAGCAGGACGCGUGGGUGUUUCUGUGUCGUUAGCCGGCGAGCAGGAACGUUCCUUGGUGAAGGAUAUUAUCAAACGAGCGAAAAAUCCGGUCAAGAACAGGAUAAUACCGUCGGAUAUAAUAGAAAAAUACAAUAAAAAGUUACAGUCCCUGGAACCGGACGUGGAGAAGAUUCUGCAGGAGGAGAAGAACGAGAGAGAACUGGCCAAAGUAGAGAACCAGGCGAAUCGCGCUGAGAAUCUGCUCAAAGACGCGGAGGACAAGAAUCAGCGGAGUUGGUUCCAAUCUAAAAAGGAAAGAAAGACGGAGAAAGAGAAUCUUCGGUUGACCGAGAGACAGACUAGCAAGAAUAAGAAACGCGAAAAGGAGCCUUCCAAUAUAGUGGAGGAUAAAAAGAAGAAGGUGCAAAACGAGCCCAAAAAAGACACCGCUGAAGAUAGAGCCAAAAAAGAGCUGGAGAAAAUCGCUGCUUAUCAAGCGCGAUUAGCAAAGAGGAAAAACAAGCUGAAGAAGAUUAAGGCAGUUACGGACGAGAGUAACCGUGACUUGUCUAGAAAAGGACCAUCGAAACGAUCGAAAUCAUCGUUCGCCGCUGAUUUAACAGACACGAGCAAGAAAGGUGUGAAAAGAAUGCGGUAUGAAGCAAACAUUAGGAAUAAGCCAAAUGCGCAGCGCAAAAACAAACCUACAAGAGGGAGGGUUCAGAAGAAAUCACUUAAGAGACGUUAAUUUUGUAAUACAACUCGGUUGUAUAUUAUUAUAAACAUAUGCCACACUUCACUUGAUUUUUUUUCCUUUUUAUUAUAGAACCAUUACAAUACGCGCCAUACGUCUCACAGAUUGACAGAUGAAUAGCACUGAUUAAUUGGUUUGUUUAAUCAGAUUAUGUAUACUUUUCGUAGUCUAUGACCUGUUUGAGAAAAUUGCAGUACCAUGCCGGGAGAUCGUAUACACUCGCAAAGAUAUCGUUUUGACAGUAUCAAUGCCGAUCGCAGAAAGGUACUUAAUAUUUGAUAAAUAGUAUGUAUAAGUUAAUUAACGAUAUGUUAAAUAAACCAUAUAUAUCUAUUUAGAGAAUUGAUGCUAUGUAUGAUAAAAAUAAUGAUAAUGGAGAUAAAGGGGGAAUCAUAUUAAAUACAUAUAUCUAUGUGUAAAUUUGGAAAAAAGAAAUUAUGCAAAGUUUCAACGUGCAUUGUACUGUAAUUUCUAUGAAGAGGUAACAGGUAUAUGUUAAUUCUAUUCAUAAUAUUUACGUGAUUUCACUCAUCCAUCGUCAUUCACGAAUUCAUUCUCAAUCUUCAUUCGCACUCUUCGAAUUUAAUAUAGUUGAAUGUGUAAGUAUAAUAAUCUUAAUGUUCAAGAAUUUAAAUCAACCUUUAGAACCUAGGCCCACAUUUAAAUUACUCGAAAUUCCGUUCAAAUUCGUACCCAAGCCUCUUCUACCUUUUUACUGGUUAUUAUUAUAUGUCAUGCUUACACAGUAUAUGCUUAUAUGCUUAAUAAAUAAAAUUGGAACGUGUCUUUUGUGUAAAAAGGUCGUAAGAAUCACACGUAUUUAUCCAAGGUGUUACGCAAUGAUCUCUUGCAGACGAUACACAAUUUUAAUUUUACAUUUAUUUAUAAAUACAAAAGUGUCGAUGGUUUUCGCAAAUCCUCGCAAAUUUUCGUUUCUAUCGUUACACAUAGAUCCUAUUCCGAUUUGCAAUAAGAAAUCAGUGAGAUGAAAUAGCGAUAUUAUAUAUAAAUAUUACUUAUUUGUUAAACGAAAAUUGCUUAUUACUGCCACAAUGUAACAUCAAUAUAUUCAUAUAUAAAUUACACGGGAACAGUUGGAACUGUUCUCAUGCGUGAUUCAUGACUGAUGUCGAAAGAUUCUCUUAUAUAUUUUAUAAAUUUAAACACACAACACACACUUAACUUCUGAUUAGGCGAGCGCAAUAAAAAAUACACCAAAGUACUUCAGCUGAGCGUAUCUUAUUAAGAUUCUAUGGGGACAAUGUUUCAUCAACUGAUUGCAGGUAUAGAAGAAUUUUGGAUACAAAUUCGAAUCAAACACAAUCGGACAAUCUUACAAUAAGCAGACAAUGAGUAAAUAAGACAGUCAUAUAAAUCGAGAUAGAAGAUAUUAACGGCGUGAAAAAAGAAAAGACUAUCUUAAACAUUAAGACUUCGAUUAACUCUUUAUAAGAACACCAGUUUGAUUUAAUAUCGAUGUUUCCAAUGUGCCAAUGUAUGUCGCUCAUAAGAGAGAGAGAGAGAGAAAGAGAGAGAGAGAGAGAGAGAGAGAGAGAAAAAACUGUCUAUAUAAAUAUUAAAAUAUUUUUGAACAAGAAAAAUCAUUCGUCGUACCAAUCAAACCGACACAAACAUUAAAUUCGCCGGUAAAUAAAACAAAAUAUAAUUUUGAGUAAACACAAAGUUGCAUCACAUUCGUGAAUACGUUUUCCUUGACAAAAUCAUUGUGUUCAUACAAAUCCUGACUGAAUAAUCAUCACCGCUAAAGACUAAAGACCGCUGUGGCGCGCGAUGGGAGUCAUAUUACUAAUAAUAAAAAAAAAAAAAAAAUCCACAUGAUCUCGGAUCACAAACGCGACAGUCAUACAAUUUUUAUAAUAAUAUGUAUUGUUUACGCAACAAAACUAUAGUAUUCUCCUUUGCGGUUCAUAAAGUGACAAUAUACUCGAUACAUCUGGAUAUACUUCUUUUGCAGAAAAAAAUGGAUUUGCUUUAUUCACUUGUCAAUAAAGUAUGUUGACAAUAUUGUUUAUGUAUAUAUAUAUAUAUAUAUUUAUAUAUAUAUUUAUAUGUAUAUGCUUGCUGUGUCUAAACUGAAUGCUAUAUUUUUCUUUCAUUAGCAAAACAACACGAUUCAUCGGAAGUAAUCGCGAAAUAAAGACAUAGAAAAAGACUUUUUUCCAUCCGUUUUGUAUGGUGUGCAAAAAGUGAACAAUACUAUGAUGAUCAAAUGCCACCCGAAUAAGAGCAUCAAUUCAAAGAAUCCGUUAUAUAUGCUUUGUAAAAAAUGACCAUUCCGACUAAACAGUCAUUCGGGAAAAUUAUUUGUUAGUGACGAUGCGUCGUAUAAUUCAUAGAAAUAACGGGAAAUAUACGCAUUCGUACAUUUCGGUUUUGUCAUAUGACGAAAAAAAAAAAAAAAAAAAA